UCCCCCGCGAGGGCACGAGAAUGCGCACGUUAGCGCGGCGGGAAAAUUCUAAAGUUAAGGAGGAGGCUCUAGGUGUCGGCUUCCUUUUGAUCCCUUCCCCCAAACAUCCGGAGCCUCCAGGUAGACGACCACCCGAUGGCUCAAGAUAGACUAGACCUUCCUUUGAACUUUGAGUUUUGGCUGAAUAAGGCUGUUGCGUGGGGCCAGACCACCACUUUGGAAUCCCAGCAAGAUGUCUGCCUUCACCUGCCUCAAUUACAGAAGUUCCUGCAGCAGAUUUAUGAAACCUUGAAACAUAUGGAUUUUUCUAUGGCUAUUGACAGAUUUCCCUUAAUUGGUCAGUUGCUAGGAAGGCUUUGCUGGAAUCCUUUUGUCAUAGGAUAUGAUGAAAACCAGAAAAUUCUAAUGUGGUGCUUAUGUUGUCUCUACUGCAGUGAACCACAGAACUCUAUAGAGGUGGAAGCCAACAUCUGGAUAAGGAGUUUAUUAUGCCAUCUGCUUUCAUCAUCCAAACUUGGACUUAAUGAAGUUGGAAGUGUUAUUCAAGCUCUCGGGUAUACAUCUCCAGAUUAUUAUCCUGAAUUACUAAAAAACAUGGUCUUAUCAUUAGUGACUGAACUCCGAGUGAAUCAUCUUAAUGGAUUUAGCAUUCAAAAAAUAAUUCCAGAGAGGCAAAUAAAGGCCAUAUCCCUGCUUUGUGUCCCGCUUCUCACUCUGCCAGAUAUCUUACCUUUGCUGGAGGCUCUGCUCACCUACCAUGGAGGUGAACCCAAGGAAAUCCUCAGUUCUGAGUUUUUAGAAGGUGUAAAUGAAGCCUUUUUGCAGAAGAAGAUUGUCCUUUCUGAAUCAGCUGUAUUCUCCCUCUGGCUUCGUCACCUUCCCAGCCUGGAAAAAGCAACACUGCAUCUUUUUGAAAAGUUAACCUCUAGGUACAUAAAUAUUCCAGAGGAGUUAGAAGGCGUUAUAAAAGACUCAUUACUGCCUCAAGCAGCCUGUCAUCCCAGCAUAUUCCGAAUUGUUGAUGAAAUUUUUAGGAAUGCACUACUGGAAACCAAUGGAACGUCAGAAGUAUUGACUAUUAUACAAGUGUUUACGCAGUGCUUUGUUCAAGCCUUCCAGAAAGAUAGCAAACAGCUGAAGUUUCCAUUGAAGUCCUACUUCCCUUAUGCCUCUCCAUCUCUUGUCAUGAUAUUACUCCAAGACCCAGAAGAUUUACCACGUGGACUUUGGUGUCAGCACUUGAAUCACAUUUCAAAAACACUCAAAAACAUAGUUGAAGAUCAAAGUACUCAAUCCUGUGGAAGUCCCUUUGAGCAGUGGUUUUUAUUCAUUCAUUUUGGAGAAUGGGCUGAUAUUGCUGCUGAGGAAUUACUGAUGUGGAGAGCCGAAUCCCCUGAGGCCUUGCUGUGGCUCUUGGCUUUCUACUAUAACCCACAUGAUCAAAAUCAAGAGUGGAUUCAGACAAUGGUAGACGUGAGAGCGGUACAUGGGCACAUCAUGAAACUUUUCGACAGAACUCCCCUCUCAGUGAAGGAUCUGCAGGCCGUGGCUGGCGAGAGCAGUGAGGAUGGCACAAGACAGCCUUCUACUCAACGAUUCAUCAGGCACCUCCUUCUCAAUUUCCUGCUGUUCUCUUCUGAAGGACAUACGAUUGCCCAAGAAUUCAUCAUCACUCAAACUGAUGAAAUAAUCGAUGAGUUUCUGAAUCUCAUUGCCCGCGCUAAAUCCAGAUGGGAGCGUCUUGGCAUGGAAACCCCCAGGACAGGAAAGCUGGCAAGAGACCUCCUGCAGGAACUGCAGUGUUACAGAACAAAGCACGUAUUGUGAUGAUCGUUUGGGUAGGAAGGGGUUGCCUCCGAGUUUGUAGCCACAGUAAAAUUAGUUAAACUUCACAGCUCGUGGUGACAAGACGAGAGAAUCCGUCACUGCUGUGUGCCAGGCUGAGGAGCUGAGACUCUAAGGGGGAGACAGCAAGUACGUAGAUGAAUAAAUAUGUAACACAGACAUGAAGGGAAUAAAUACAAAUCUGCACAAAGUCGUUUGGGAGGGCAGACCCCAGAAGUUUGAGAUUAGGGAAGGCUUCCUGUAGGAGGUGUGAACCCUGGCUUAAAGGAGGAGCAGGUGAGGUACUGGGGGGAGAGGUGGCCCAGGACAGAGACCGAGGGACAGAGAAGACCAGGCUGGCUAGAACACACAGUGCUGGGGGCCCACUGAGCCCAGAAAUCUGGGUUCCAGCCAGCUUAGCAGGAUCCUGAGAGACGAUGCUGCAGAAGGAAAGAUGAUGAGAUGAGAGAUGCCACAAUGUGGCAUGAGGGAGAGAGAAGAGUCAGAGUCGGUGGUGGGAAAUAUGGUGGGGAGAGAACGCAUCUGAGGCAGGGAGCCUGGGAGACCAAAGUCAUCUGCCCAGAGGCCACAGGUAGGUCUGUGGGCACUGUGGAAGUUACGGAGAAAAAAAAGAUUCCAGAGAAAGAAAAGACUAUUUAGGAGAAAAGCUGAGAGAGGCCCGUUUGGGGAGGGAGCAUGUAGCAACCCCCCUGAGGGGAGCCGAGAAAGGUACAGCAUGAAGGGAGACUCCCAGACGUGGCCAUCAGACCUCAGAAAAAUACUUUGAAAAAAAAUAAGAAGAGGAAGAGCUCCCGACCCGCUCCUUCCUUCCGGGAUUCACAUACAGCCCUGGUAGCUACGUUGGGGAGAUCCAGAACAGAGAGAGCAACAUCCCUGCACGUGUCGGGCCUGUACUUAGUGCCGGGAUGCCCAGAGAGCGCACAUCCCAAAGAGUGUCCGCUCAGAGCCAUUUCUGCUGCACUGCAUAGUCAGAGGACCACUAUAGAACUAGGAAAAACAAGGAUGCGAGUCAUCAGGAGAGGCAUCUCCAAGGAAGUGAGAAACAGGAAGUAAACAAGAAGGAGCCUCAGCCGUCUGCCAGCCAGACACCGAAAGGUCUCACAAGCCAUCAUCACACAGGCGAAGGCAGAUACUUGGCUCCUCCCGACACACCCCACCUUCCACAGGAAGCUCCCCAUAGCUUAGUAGGAGCCAAUCAAGGUCCCUUUCAGACUUGUGGAUGUCGGUGCUGUUCAUACCCGAACGAGGGAUGGGCGAGAGAGAAGAAAAUAGACAGUUUUGACUACAUAGAAUUAAAGGACUUCUUUUCAAACCACCCCAAAAUGGGUAUAACUAAGACUAGUCAAUAGAGUCACAGUCCCUGUGCCUCAAGAGCUUCAGAGCUACGGGAGCAAGCAGGACCAUCCCAGUGAAUCCCUCCCUCCGCCCUCCAUUCUGAAGGCAAUUUCUCGAUUUCUCUAAAUUCCAGUAACUUCCCUUUUUUGAUUACUUGUUUGUCCUGCCUAAAUUAUUUGCGCACAGUUGUUUCCCCUUUGCUAUCUUUUUGCCUUUCUUGCAAUCCCUAGUGCUGAGUGCCUGGCCCCUGGGAGCUCUUUAUAAAGCAGUGCUCAUUGACCCACAUGCAAAAAUGUUUGUAGCAACUGUUCUUGUUAACCCAUUAAUUUGUUAGAAUAUGUGAUUAUAAUGGAAUAUGAUUGUGCCACAAGAUUUUAUGCUAAUCUAAUUCGUUAAAUUACAAGCUCUUUGAGGACAAGGACUGUUUUCCUUUUUUUUGUAUUUGUAUCUCUAGUACGUAAAUGUCUUGACUUAUAAUAAAUUAUUUUGAUCAACUGACCAUA